CUCUCGCCCCCCCCCCUUGUUUACAGCUACAGAAGGCAAAAGAGCCAUAAAUCUUAAGACAGCCUACAGAGACAAGUGCAUUUGUAUGCAUCGUUAGAACUUGCUAAUACCUAAACCCAUUAGCAAGCCAUGUAGAAUUCUAGUUUCCGGUGUCCAUUAACUUACAGUUAAAUUCUAGAGGAAAGGGCAUGGCGAUUAACAUAAACUAUAUCCAUCAUAUUGUUUGUCAUAAUAGAUUAGUCAACUAUAGAGAUGGGUUUGUGCCUGCAUGUGUGUGAAACUUUUUUCUCCCCCACACCACCCUCACCCCAAAUCUUCUAGCUGGGCGUUAGUUUCAAACGAGGGAGUCACUUGGUGUGUGUGUGUGGUUUUUUGUUUUUGGUUUUUUUGAGUGGGGAACUUAUGCACAAGAUCGCCUAUAUGAUAUAUAAGGGAAGUCCUUUUGAGUUGAGGCAGUCAGCUAGGCUCUUAUCCGGACAUAGAUUCAAUCCCCCACGAAACUGUUCUACAAUGGGGGAUGGGGGGCGGUGUGUGUGUGUGUUGCACCGGAAAAAGCGAGGCAUGUUUCCUCGGAAGUAAGUCCUCCAGGAACCAGCCGUGCUCGCUCCCAGCGCAUAGGAUGGCGGCCUUGAUGCCCGGCGAACCGUCUCCAAAUGAAUGGGCCCGUUGAUCACUCAAGCUUUUCUCCAUGCAUUUCCAUUUUUUUAAAAAAUAAAAAAAUGGGGGCAAAUGGUGCAAUCUUUUCCCCCCUCCCCCAGAUUCACGUAUGCUGUCCAGUUUCCUUUCCCUUAAUCGGCCUCUUCCCUCCCUCCCUCCCCCCGCCCCGCAUCCCCCAUCCGAUUCUUUCUCGUCCCUUGUCUUUGUUGAAUGACGUUCGAUUACGUCCCCGUCUCCCUUCCGAGCACCAAGCCCUCCCCUCCUUACCCCACCGCUCCUAACCACCACUCAAAGCAGCAUAAUCUGCUACUAUUAAGCCAAUACCACCCCUACUCUUCAACAACGACCCCCCUCCCCCCUAAAAAAGCCUCCCUCCCCGCCUAGCCCCCUAGAUGCACAGUCCCCCCUCCCCCCCUCCUUGUUUAGGCUACGCGCAGAGAUGUGAACUUUUGUAGCUCUGCUUUUCAGUCUUCGCCCGUGAAAGCGUUAAAGGUAAGGGGUCUGGAACUCGUAUGCAGCAGCCGGCUUUUGUAGCGAUGAUUUAUUGCUUCAAUCUUGGUUCACCCAGAGUUCACAUGGAUUUGCUGCUUCUGAGAGCUAAAAGAUGGUCUCACUUGACAAGUGUGACUAUUCCAAAUGCUUCUCUCUCUCUCUCUCUCUCUCUCUCUCUCUCUCUCUCUCUCUCUCUCUCUCUCUCUCUCUCUCUCUCAUCUUCUCUAGUGCAAAAUCGUUUAUAAUUGAACCUAAAAAAAAAAAUCAACACCCCGAUUUGCUUUUAGAUGAGCAGAAAUCAGGGAUCUAAUUGAUUAUAGAUACUAUAUAUAAAUAUAUAUAUUUGUGUAGGUGCGCGUGGGGGUUGCGUAACAGGCACAUAUAAUAAUGUAUAAUAUUUGCAUUUCUUAUGUGCGUGUGUGUAUCUGUAACAACACACGGAGCGCGCCCACACGAGGGUCUUCAGACAAAAGGAGAAGAGGGGCUUAGAAGCACAAAAAAACAACCCCAACCCCGCCACUUUCAUCACCCUCCUUUUCCCCACCCGAUCUUUCUUUGUUGCUAAUCUGGAUUGGGGCGGGGGUCUGCGAGGCGAAUAUGGAAGGAGCCGGUUCUAACUCGCGUCAUGUUAAAUCUCAGAGAAAUUAGGAGUCCUUUCUUCUUCUGGGGUGGAUGGGUGGGGGGAGACAUUGCAUUAUUGGUUCUGCCCUCCCUUCCACCCUAAAUGCUGUUGAGACGACCCCCCCUUUAAAAAUCGUUAAAUAUACAAGCAAUAGUGGUGGCGUGGUUUUUGGUUUUUUUAAAAAAAGGGAUACUGCAGAAUCAUCAAGCCUAGAUUUGCAUAACGUGACUUGCCUGCCAAGUACCCCCAAGCCUAGAGCAUUCUCUUGAAAUGAAUGGACCGAAAUAGCUAAAUAAUAAAUAGAUAAACGAGGAGCCCAUUGCCUACUGUAUGGGGCUGUGGGAUUCCCAUAUUUGUCUACAAGAUAAAGCAUUAUGGGACUGAUAAUAUCAUGCUAAUUUCCCAGGGAGCGAAAGUUUUUUUUGUUUUGUUUCUCUUCUGUUUUAUCGCGUGGUAUUUGCUGCAGAGGAACCAGGGGGUUAUCCCCCUCAAAACCAAGGUUCAAAAUAGCAUAUGAAUUACUCGCAGUACCCAAAAAGAAAAGAAAAAAGGUCUCCUUUAUAAUAAUCACAUAUUUUGGUUUUGGGGGGUAUAAUAGAAGGAGGCCGUCUUAACACAGAUAUACUGUAACUACGUUUGAAACCGUUUGCAAGCAAGUCCCGUUGAAACUUCUCUAGAGGAAAAAUUGUUUAAGAUGGACCUGAAUUUCAGACUAGAACGAAAUCCCCCAACCUUCAGUCCGUCAGUUCGGUGACAUUUGCUUUUAUUUCGUCCACAGCUAAAUUAACCUGGGACUUUAGCGCUGGGCUCCUUCCGUAUAUUUGCUUGGAAACUAACGGUCCUGUGGAUUCCAACGGGACUCAUGUCUAAGGCUUGAUUGCAGCCUUGAUUUCAACGGACCUUACUUCCAAGUGCAAAUUCUCGUUGAUAUAUGUUUCAUACAGACUGCUUCUCAAUAGUUGGGUCAUCCAAUCCAUUGGAAUGAUGGGCAGCUGUCAGUUACCACCACCUUAAAACAUGCAUUUGCUUGGAAGUUAGGUUCUUUUUUGCACCAUAUCAGUGGGACUUUUACUUCCAAGUUUAGCAUCGGGGCAGUCAUCUCAACAAAAUUAACUCGGUUCCUAAACAGAACGGCCACAGCCCAGCUCAGAAUUAAACGCACUUAGCCUCAUAGAAACCAGCAUUGAUUUCUGGCAACCCAAACUUCCAGCUUCAAUACUUUGUUGGAUUGUGCCCUAUAUAUAUAUAUACCCCCCCCUCCCGUUGGCCAUGAGAUUUGUGGUGGGGGUUGGGGGUGGGAAGGACGGAGUGGAUAGAUGCUUGUGGUGACUCGGUACCAAAUACCGAAAAGGGUAUGCUAACACGUGCGUACACACACAAACACAAUCUCCUAGCAAAAGUUUCUUGCGUUUAUGCGAAUGCAUAAGACCCCGAGCAGUUCUAUGGAUACCAUGCGGGCUUAACCAUCGCCCCCCCCCCCCAAAAUGCUUAUCAGUUUGCUGGCAAAGUUCUAGAACUAAAACUCAUCAACAAAUAGAACAGGAAAACAAACCCAAAGUAAAAGCCUGAUAUAAAACUGUGUUUCAUUAAAACAAAAUAUAUUCUUUUUUAAAAAAUAGGUAUUUCCCACUCAUUCCCAUUAACCUAAGUUUUGUUAGCGCGCUAAGUACUGAGAUAGGGAAGUGAGAGGAACUGGAUUCCGUAACGAACUCUUCCGUGUAUAGAAAGGAUUUGGAAUGGGAGCCUGGAUCCUGAGUGAAGAGAGGAGCCGCGUAUAAAUAAAUACCCUAUUUACAAUACCUUAUUUUAAACCCUCACCUAACUGUCCGGGAUGCCCCGCAAAAGUCGACAUACAAAAAAGAAAAGUUGUGGACCGUGCGCUUAUGAGCAAGAAGAGACCCCCCCCACCCCCGAAAUAGUUUCAAAAAGGCAACUAAAAUGAAGUCAUUUAGUUUUUAAAAAUUAGUCUGCCUCUAUUAAUUUGCAAAACAAAACAAAACAACAAACAAACAAACAAUUUUAAAAAACAAACAAACCCCAAUCAGCUUCCAGCAGCAGAAAUGCAAAUAUUUCUCAAAACAGUGUGUUUCUGUAAGGGGGGUGGGAGGGGAAAAUGCUGCAUACAUUAGAAUGUAUGGAUCUUCCCGAUCAUUUCACUGGUAACCUGCAAUUUCGUGCAGGGAUGACGAUGAUUAAAGAUGUGUUCCCUUGAAAUCAAAAGCAUGAUGAUUCUUUGAAGGCAAGGGCCAACGGGGUAACUGUUUCAGGGGGUCCGAAAAGGGGAAGUAUUGAAGCCUGGACAUUUGGCGUCCUGGGCUACUUCUUCCCGCAAUUCCCAAUUAACAUGUGGAACGCACUGCCAUAAGAUGGUGCGGUGGCCAUUAGCUCAGUUGGCUUUCAGAAAAGAUGAGACAAGUUCCUGGAGGGCCGGUGUGGUAGCUAAAAGUUGCUGCCAUGUCAAGAGGAAGUCUGUCUGUGGCUAUCAGUAGGUGGGAACAAACAACAAGAGUUGACCACGCCUGCCAUCAUGGCUUGCUUCUGAGUUUCCAGAGACAUCUACCUGGGUAUUGAAUACAGACUGCUGGACAGAUACGGUAGAUGUGGGUGGAUCAUGUGACUCAGACCUUUAAGAAAUAAAUAUAGCUGAUGGCUUCAAAUCCAGGCACUACUGACCUCAAGAAUUACAAGUUCUGCUUCCCUGUCCUGACACUUGAGAGACAUGACACAGAAAUAGCAAUAUGGUUAACUGCAGAGCCAUUACAUAUAUUUAUUAUUAACAGCUCCAUCCACAAUUAAUUUUAGAGGGACAAUGUGAGGGUUGGGAAGGAUGUUGGUGUUUAAUCCAACUCAGAUUUUUUUUUGAAAAAGAGUCAAAGAUUUUAAUUUGAAUUAUGUUAUUUUUAAAUGCCCAGCACUUCUUAUUAGAUCCACUAAAGAGAUAUAUUAAAUAGAAUAAGGUGACUACUUCUGAGCAUUUGGAGGGUGUCCCAUACCCAUGAGUUAACCUAUGGCAAGCCCCCCCCCACCCACUCCACAUCAAGGAUUUAGCAGGACCAGCAUGCUACUGCUUGGAGGGUUGAAUAGGAUUUGAUCCAGAUUUUCUUGGCUGUGUUUUAAACAAGAAAAAACAAAGCAAAACAAAACUGGACCCUCUCAAGCUAGUGACAAAAGCCCCACCUACUGUAGCAAAACAACGACAACCACCCCUCCUUAAGUACCUUCCAUAAAAUAAGGCAAUGGAGCAACGGGCAAAAAAGUUGUGACGAAAAGGGGGAUUUUGUAUUGGCUAAUAAAGAGCACAGCACAGCAAGGAGAGGACAGAGUUUAAAGCAGUGACAUGCUUUAUGACGGACAGUCCUUAAGGCUACCACUGUUUUCCUGUUAGUAUUAUGCUUAGAAUUUAAGUUCUCUUGAAAUCAGUGUGACUCCCAGACAGACCAGUCUCCUUCUUGUCCAACAUUUUGGAAUGGGAGGCUACACCAGUGGGCCCUGAAAGUCAGUGAAGAACAGCAAAAACAUCAAUGCAAUGAAUUUUUAACUAUCUCUUAAUAAUAGCCAUUUACAGUAUAACCCUGGGACGUGGGUGGCGCUGUGGUCUAAACCACAGAGCCUAGGGCUUGCCGAUCAGAAGGUCGGCGGUUCAAAUUCCCACAAUGGGGUGAGCUCCCGUUGUUCGGUCCCUGCUCCUGCCAACCUAGCAGUUCAAAAGCACAUCAAGUGCAAGUAGAUAAAUAGGUACCGCUCCGGUGGGAAGGUAAACGGCGUUUCCAUGCGCUGCUCUGGUUCGCCAGAAGCGGCUUAGUUAUGCUGGUCACAUGAUCUGGAAGCUGUCUGCGGACAAACACCGGCUCCCUCGGCCUAUACAGCAAGAUAAGCGCUGCAACCCCAGAGUCGCCUGCAACUGGAUCUAACGGUCAGGAGUACCUUUACCUUUACCUUACAGUAUAACCCCAUGCAUACUUAGAAGUAAUCCACAUUCAGUUUAGCAGGCCAUACUCCUAAAUAAGAGUGUGUAGGAUUGCAGCCUUGAUGUUAUAAAUGUUUUGAAUAAAAUAGUACUACAUUUAAAUAAAACUUUUCUUUUUUUAAUUGCCAAGUGCUUGUCAGCUGUCUUGACAAACUUUUUACUCACUGGCCAGAACUUUGCAGCAGGGAAGCAGGUUUACUUUAUACUGGGCAGAAAAAACCUACAUAGUUUCCCUGUAUGUUUCUAUAGAUAAAAAGUUUUUUUUUUUAGUGAAUGAUAACCAUUUUAGUUGGGUUUUUGAAGUAACUGCUAAGGGGACUACAACUUUUAAGUGCUCCCCAGUCCUAAGUGCAUAGCUAAUGAAUAUAUUGUGAUGAGAAUAUUAUUCACCCAGAACUGCUAGACUCUCUCUAUCAUCUAUCAAUCAAUCAAUCAAUCAAUCAAUCAAUCAAUCAAUCAAUCAAUCAAUCUAUCUAUCUAUCUAUCUAUCUAUCUAUCUAUCUAUCUAUCUAUCAUCUCCAGGGCAGGGCUUUUUUUCAGCCAGGACUCACUGGAACUCAGUUCUGGCACCUCUCAAGUGGGCGCCAUUGCCAUUGUAAGAGAACAAGGGAGGCAUUCAUGGUGAGUUCCAGCACCUCUUAUUUUUUAGGAAAAUAGCACUAUCUAUAUCGAUAUCACACAUGUAAAUAUAAUGCAAUUAUUCUAGUGCAAGUUAGCAAAAGUCAAACUGCAAUCAAUGAGAUUCAAGUUAGUCCUUAUAAUGGUACCUUAGCAAUAACUACUUUUUGCACCCCUCAUAAGUAAGCAAUGUGCUAUCAUAAAUCAGCUAUCACACACAACUUUAAUACAGCCCCUGUUCUCUAAGAUGCAAUAUACCGGUAGGUCAAGGAACAUUAAGUUGACCUGUGCUAUUUUAAAAGCUCAGAUUCUUACACACUGCUUGUGAUCACGAUGGGCGAAACACAGUUUAUGUAAACUCAUUUAUCCACGUGGUUUUAAAAAUGCCCUUGGACUUCAGCAGGCAGUCAGCUUUUGUGCAAGACUUGUGUGUAUUCCGCCAAUUAACAAAAGCACAGAACUGAGCGCCGAAUGCAAUCUGCUGGGAAUCUCUGUUUUCAUUUUAGAAAACAAACCAUGUUUCUAUCCCUCAUGACUGUGGUGAAUAGGACUGAAACUGAGUAAGCAACGCUGGGUGAAAGCUAGAGAGGCAGCUGAUAGCAUCAUGAUCUGGGCUUUAAUAUCGCAUAGUUCUGUGCCACUCCCCUUUAUUUAAAUCAAAUAAAUUAUGCAAAAUAUAUAAAUAUAAGGAAAGCAGGCUUCAGAACACAGCUUUCCUUGGAGCAAAAUUGGGGUUACUUUGUUGCAGAUUCCCCACCCCCAGUGCACAACACACACUGCUCUGCCUAUGAAUUUGUCUGAGGACAGCGUAUCGAUGGCCCAUUCAUUUCCAUCAGUGAGGUUACAGCUGUUCACAUAGCUUACCAGCCAACUUAAUAUCAUUAGCUCCCAUUGCUCUUGCUAAAUCCAAUACACCUUUCUGAGCUCUUUUGUAUGCCUGCCACCAUUUCUACAGGCCAAUGAUUUUCCCAAUAGACUCUGCUUGUCUCUUCCAGGAGAAUAUUGCUUCAUUUUAAAUAAAAACUCCCCACUGCGGAACUUAUAUAGACCUUUACUCUUCAGGUCACUGAGUUGGGGGGGGGGGAAGAGAUGUUAGGAAAAGCUGCUUGCUUAUUUUCAUCUAUUUGCACUGGGUAAAUUUAAAAUAAAUAGAUACCGUAUUGAUGGCAAGCCAAAUAUUUAUUCCACAAAUAAUUUCAGUACUGUUUUUUUUUUUUACAUGAAACAAGCCAUUACGUCUAACUUAGGCAUCAAUAGCAAUUAUGAAAUACAGACCUCUCUGCAGUACAAUCACCGUUCUGCUGCCAUGGAGCAUUUCCUAUGCUAGUGGGAUUGUACAGACACACCACCUGCCUUUGAUUAGUCAUUGCUUUUCCACAAAUCCAUAGUCCAAUCCUCAUUGGAAGCUAAACAGAUUUUUGUCACCGAUGGUACUAUGAUGUGCCUCCCCAAACCACUUCACCUUUAUAUUUUUAGAUGUGCACCAAAAUGUUUUGAGCAUAUGUUUAGAAAUGCGACUGUGACAAAUACAUGUGCAAAUGUACCAGGCAGAUACCUCCUUCAGGGAACCAUGAUGGUCUACAGUUCCAUCAUAAAAUCAUUGAAUUGUAGAGUCAGAAGGGACCACGAGGGUCAUCUAGUCCACCUCCCCGCAAUUUGGCCAAUGUAGGGCUUGAACCCAUGACCCUGGGAUGAAGAAUUUCAUGCUCUACCAAAUGAGCUAUCCCUUUGUCACGUGUUCACUUAUUGGUAAACAUGGAUGAGCCCCCGUGUAAGAUGUGAAGUAGCUACCAGUCUUUAGGGCAUGGGUGGAGAAUUUGUGACCCUCAAGAUGGUGUUGGACUACAACUCACAUUAUCCCUGUCCAUGCAGACGGGGAGUUCAUGGGAGUUGUAGUCCAGCAACAUAUGGUGGGCUGAAGGUUCCCCACCUGUGCUUUAGGGUGAAUCCCUCAUUCAUUGAAAUUAGAUGUAGCGCUUCUUCAGUAAUGAAAAAGUAAAGGAAUUGAUUCCAGGGCUCCUGAGGAACAUAAUAACAGAAGCAAUGAGCAGCAUUCGUUCUCUCUGUGUAGGGUUAUUUUAGAUGGAUCACCAAAGAGCUGGCAGAAGGUGUUGUGGACAAUGUUGCAAGCUGCGACAAGAUGCAUUUCAAUGGGAUUCAGAUUUAGGCUUACAAAUCUCUGGGUGAGACUGGGGGAUGUAUGGUGAGCAGACUCAGGGAAAGCAUCUUUAAAUGGCAUGAACUUCAAAUAUAGGUAAAGCCUUCCCUUCCCCCAACACUCAAGUUUUGAUAUUUCAAAGCAGACCACAGAGCAGUACCAUAGAGAGACUUGCUCAGGAAUUUUUUUUUAGUAUACUUCCCUUGAUUAUUUCAACUUUUCAAUAUUAAAAAAGAACAGUAGGCCAGGGGCCAGAAAACUUUUUUCAGCAGGGGGCCAGUCCACUGUCCCUCAGAACCUUUGCGGGGGGCCGGACUAUAUUUUGAAAAUAAUAAUAAUGAAUGAAUUCCUAUGCCCCACAAAUAACCCAGGCAUCUCUGUGUGCUUUUUAAAUAAAAGCACACAUCCUACUCAUGUAAAAACAUGCUGAUUCCCAGAACGUCAGUGAGCCGGAUUUAGAAGGCGAUUGGGCUGGAUCCGGGCCCCGGGUCUUAGUUUGCCUACCCAUGCUCUAGCUCUUACACAGAGAUAUAAGGGAAAGCAUGCAAGCAAUACUAUAUCAAAAUCAGUAAGAAGUGAACCUUUUCCUGACCUCCAACAAUCUAGGAAAUGAAUGCAACGAAACAAGGGCGGUGGGCAAACAUUAGGGCAAUUGGCACUAAUACUUACAUUGGGUUAGUUUUUCAAAAAAUUGCUCAAGUUGUUUAAUACAGUGACAAUACAAGGCUACUCGGAAGAAAGCCCUGUUGAAUUCAGUAGCCCUUGCUCUCACUCAGGUGAGUGUGUACCAGAUUGCAGCCUGAGUAACUUAAAUUUAAAGAUAAUGAAACUGCAAUGUGAUGCACAUUGACUCAGAAAUAUGUCCCACUGUAUUUAAUAGCACUUGCUGCUUUGUAAGUGUGUUUAUAAUUAAAACCCCGCACUACUGCUUCUGAGAUUUUUUUUUGCUGCUUACCACCCACUUCUGUUGCUCUUACAGCAGUGGAUACUUUGUCCCCUGUUGCACAAUUUCUGGAUACAGAAUUGUGGUAGGGCUACAGUGUACUCCCCCACCCCACCCCAACACAGAUAAGGCUUAGCAUUGUAUCUAUCACCUCCUCUGUGCUUUGGAGAGAUUAUCUGCCCAAAGUGAAGGGAAUAUAUUUGUCCUUAUAGUCAGCAUCAGGCGGCACUGCGUUCUUAUUAUGGUUCUUUACCUUUAAACCACACUUGGACCAGACAGCCUUUUAAAUAGAGGACCUAUUCAAAUAGAGGACCUAUUUAAAUAUGUAGAGUGGCUACUACAGCCGUGAGAGGAGAUAUUUCUCCUUAUACCCAGCAGAAGACUGCAUCCACGUGUAUAUAUGCACAUACACGUACACUGGACUGGUGACGGAUAUAGGUUAUUAUUAGUGGAAGGGUUUGGGAGCUCACCUCCCAAUUAUACUCUCCCUCACCCAAAUGCUGCUUAUUAAAUAAUUAUCAUUUACACAAGCCAACAAACACCAAAGAGUCCUCCCUCAUCUCUCCCAGUUAUACUAUUUGAUCUCUUCAUUGGCAUCAUUUUAGCAUGCUUGCUUUUGACCAUCAUUAAUAAAGGUGAAAGAACAAGCUUGGGGAUUGAAAUUAAUAUUCAAAAUUCCCCAGAACACCAAAUGUUCAAAUUUUAAACUGGAAUCUUAGCUCUGAAUGUGGAAUCUUCCUCUCCAAAUAUAAGAGCUGUGGAUUUAGUGGCAUCUCUUGAUUUGUUUUGACUUUGACAGUAAACUGUAAUAUAAUCUCAUAACUUCCAACUAUCAAAUAUUAUCAUAUAUAAUAAUAAAUACUAAGACUUACUUUCCUGGUGUCUAUUCUUAUGUAGACAUAAUGGCAUCGCCUAUACUCAAGAGAGAGAGAUAAUGCCAUGCUUAGGGGAAAUUCCAAGGUUUUCAGAAGUUUCCCCAGCCACUCUGGGCGACUCCAAGUGUUAAAAAAAAUACAGCAUUAAAUAUUUAAUAUUAAAAUAUUAAAAACUUCCCUAAACAGGGCUUCCUUCAGAUGUCUUUUAAAAAUAGGAUAGCUGCUUAUUUCCUUGACAUGGGAGGGCGUUCCACAGGGUGGGUGCCACUACCGAGAAGGCCCUCUGCCUGGUUCCCUGUAAACUCACUUCUCGCAAUUAGGGAACUGCCAGAAGGCCCUCGGCACUGGAUCUCAGUGUCCGGACUGAAUGAUGGGGGUGGAGACGCUCCUUCAGGUAUACAAUCUUGUUGUAUGUCGCACUUGGUCAAUAAUUAAGUAUCAUUCUAACUACUAUUUAGGUAUAUUAUGCUGUUUCUCAAACACACUAUAAAGCCAGACAUAACUGUGUGUCAGUUUUCAAAUUCAUUAAUAAGGCAACCAAACAGAAACAUAUUAACAUACCGGUAAAUGAUAUAUAAAAUUAUACAUAAAAAUAAAACUUAGCCUAUACGAUAAAUAUAACAUACGGUACAUAAAAAGCUGAAAGUUAGAUCUUGAUGGAGGCCAUAUCACCUUGUUUAAGUUAAGGGGCCUUUAGCUGUAUUAAAAAUCACAGACCUGUCCAUAUUGAACAACAAAUAUUUGAUCUUAUCCAUAUGACUGAUGGUAGCGACCGCUGGUAAAAAUUUCUCUAAAUAUUUUUGCUUUGGUGUUUCACUUACCAAAUACUGUCAAGCACUAAAACCACUAUGUAUCAGCAGUCAAAUGCUGUCAAAUAUUAAAAUCAACUCCGGCAAAUACAGACAUUAAAUAUCUGGUGUAUACUUGACAAUGUUUGCGGAGGAUAAUUUCCGAGAGCAAAAUAGUUUCAACUCUAAACAUGUUGAAACUCAAAAGACCGUCUUUGUUUAAAGUUCAUGAUUCUUGCUCUCUCUCUUUUGGGUGGGUUCCUUUUUCUGGACAGAGGCCAGAAUGGUCGGUAAAUGUUCUUGCUUUGAGAUGUGGGCAUGUUUACUUCAGAUGUUUCUCUUUAGCUUUUGGAGACACAUGGGUGAGAAGGAUCCUUCCUCGGUGGUAAUAACUGGAGCUCUGUCUGGAUUCCUUUCACAUUCAUUUCAAGGUAUCAGUCUCCUUCCCUGCCCCUUCAGUCAGACAAGAACAGGAAAUGCAAAAAGCUCUUCAUGAAGAUGACCAGGAUUCCUCAGAAAGCAGUUUGCACCAAGAUCCCAUUAGAAGGGAUUCCUUUAGUCAGCAACCAUUUCCAGCUCCACUGGUACACCAGGAGCCAGAAACAUCCACAAGGUCUCCAACAGGCCAAAAAGGUAUCGAGCAGGCAUCUCUAGAGAACACCAAUGAUCAGAUCUCAAGAUUACAACACCCUCCAUUGGUUACCAAUGGCACUAGCAAGGCACAUGAUAGCCAUUUCCCAAAACAAGUCUUCCCUUGGAUGAAAGAAACAAGACACAGCAGCAAGCAGAAGAACAACCUUCCAUCUUCAGACCCCAGCUCCUCUCCACCAAGUCUCUCCUCAUCCAAGAGGGUCCGCACAGCCUACACCCAAACGCAGCUGGUGGAACUGGAGAAAGAGUUCCAUUUCAAUAGAUACCUCUGUCGGCCACGCAGGCUGGAAAUGGCCCGGCUUCUGAGGCUCUCUGAGAGGCAAAUCAAGAUCUGGUUCCAGAACAGAAGGAUGAAGUAUAAGAAAGACAGCAGGGUCAAGGGGACCUUUGGGAAGUCCCUGAGCAAAAGUCCUCAAGUGAGUGACUAUUUCAGUCAAAUGGAGGCUGAGUAUGAUACGGCCACACCAAGUUCAUGUAGCAAGGCCCAGGGAGGGGUCUAUAGCUAUACAGACCCUCUCUUUGACAGCCCCUUAACGUCCAUCUCCUUGGAGUAUGGCCCCCUUUCUCUGCAAGGAGACAGUCCUCAUUAUGGACCUCCAGUUCUGCAAGGGAGUCCAAGUGAAGUGGAAGAAAAUUACCUGGGAAAUAUGCCCGAGGCUGACUCACUCUUCAGCUUCCCUGACUGUUCCUCUGCAAACCUGGACUACAGCUGUGUUGCCGAAAUCCCCAGUCAUCACCAGCUUGGGCUGUCCAACUCACAUCCCAUUUACACAGAUUUAGCAACACAUCCUGUGCCUCAGGGAGAUUCUCAGGGACCUGUAAAUCUUAUGCAUCUGUGAGGGCUCUCUCUGCCAUGGAAACCAAGCAGGGGAAAUUGCUACAGUCCUAUUAUCUCAUUAAAAAAAGGAAAAAACCCUCUAAGUGCAACCAACAGCAUUUCUCUCCCCCAACCCCCCUCCAACCGCCCACCACUCCUAUCGGCCCACCCAUUACCUCCCAUUUAUUUAACUGUACAGGGCGUUCGUUGGUGGGGGAGGGGCUGCUGCUGGAUGUUGCAAAGUUGACAAUUCACUCAAAGCAAGGCUGUCUUCAAACCAAACCUAAGGCAGUCUAUGCACUGCAUUUUUAAACAUCCGUUUUGUAAAGAGGGCUUUGUGAAUGAUAUCGCAAAGGAAGGCAGUGUGGGUCUCAGUUGUUCAGCAGCUAUUGGCCUCACGAUCCUCUCGGAAAAGGGGAGAAAUCCGGUUGAUCAUAGUUGCUCUGGUUUUCAGGCAUUCAUUUCAGAACGUGAGAGACCUUGCCACCCCAUACAAGUCAACUCAGAAGCAAGUCUUGUUGAGUUCAAUUGGGUUUACUCCUAGAAGAGUAGAUGUAGAAUUGCAACCUAAGUGUGGAUGUUUCAAAGUCCAGUUCUUUGCCUAUUCCAUUCCAAAGGUUUAGCACUUCACAGGGUGAACAGCAGACACCUUGCCCUAAGAGCAGGGAUCUUUUAAGGUCCAAUAUCUUUCUACAGGAAAGCACAGAUGACCAUUUACCAACCACCAUAGUCCUGGUGGCUAGUGCCCACUGGCACUGGUGGGUCCUCACUAUGGCCCCAUGUGAGCCAAGAGUAGACUCAGAACUCCUGUGAAGGGGUCCAGCCCAGAUUGGCAGUAGUAGUCAAGCUGUUUCUCCAAGAAAGUUUGCCCAUCAGUACUGAUCUUCUGACCGAGAAAUCCCAAUGAGCCACGGAUGAACCCCAGGUACCAUAGACCAUAGUUUGAAAAGCCAUUGCCGUAUGUUGCUAUUGUCUAAGCCUCGUCGAAAUAUUUUCUGACAGAAUUGUGGUGCCAAUGCAGCAAGAAUAGGCAAGGUGUAUAUUCCUCCUUCCUCUUUCAUCCCUUGCCAGGGUGUUACCACCCCUAUGUAAGAACCUAGAGCUAUCAGGGAAGCCCACCCCAAGAAACCCUGUUGCAGAGAGCCCAUAUCUCCAGAACUCACGAAAUCUUUGACAAUAAGCAUCUCCCAAUGCAUGCCUAACAUAAAAGAUAACACUUGAAAUUCCACACCUGUAUCUUAAAAAAACCCCUGAUCCAGCUCCAAUACUGAAAUCACCUGCUUGUUGUAGUUCCUGGACAAGUGAAUGGCUGCCUCUGAGGGCUAUUGUCUUGCCAUCAGGCGCGGCUACUGAAUGCGUCUCGGGAGAACCAGCUCGCAACCUCGCUGCUAUAGCAGUGAGCAAUGUUUUCACUGCACGCUACACGUCACCGAUGGUUUAUUUUUAAUGAUUGCUUGGCUCUUGGCAUCUAUUUUAAUGUACUGUUUUGAUACUGGAAAUAAAGAGGCUUUUUAAAAACAGCACCGGGAGAUUUUCUUGGCGUAGGCAGACUAGCUUUUCUCCAUGAACACUGCUCUGUUGUUCUUAGAAUCACUUUGCCAUCUUGUAGUUUACUAGGGGCUGGGCCUCACCCUUCCCUCACCCCCAUUAAUCAUCGAGACAGCACGUACUUCAGAAGGCCUCCAGCUCUUUCAUCUCCCAGUUAGUAUGCAGCUUUGGAGCUUAGCCUGCUUGUGCAUUUCUCCCCCCCCACCUCCUAAACUGGCCCCUGCCUUCCAUUAAACCUCUUCCAUUUCCUUGGACUACAAGUUAGCAGGACCUUCUAUCCUCCUUUAAGCGGCUUCUGGUAGGGCAAGUAUCAGUCAAGAGAGUUUAGUGGUAAGAUGCAAGGUCCAGUUUGCAAAAGAAUCCAGCUUGCAUGGUUUCAUGGUGAUGGGAGGUGCUUCUUUUGGUGCCAAAAUAAAGAACCAGUUUCUUCUGAUAACCCAGCUUGAGGCUUUGCCCUUGUACUACCUGCUGACUACCAGUUGCCCUUGGUGCACCAGUAUGAACAUUUAGAAAACUCUAAUGUGUGUGUUAAAAACACAGUUGUUGAGGGCCCAGCAUCAGUUGCCCCUGUUAGAAUGAAAGUGCUAAACCUGAAAUGAAAUAUUUUUGGUCAAAUUUGAAAUCCAGAUGCAAAAAAUAAACAUAAAAAUUCAAGCGUGACGCUGUGAAUUUCAAACACUGUCUGAUUUCACUUUUGAAAUUCAGCCAGUAUUUAGCACCUACUAGCCCAUUUGGUUUCAGUCUUAAAAUUCCACUAUGCUACAUGUUAAAACCUCUCCAAUUUAAACUAUUUUUUAAAAAAAGGUUUAAUUUUGGCUGGAUCAGUCCCAAUUCACUUGUGGAUGAAUUAUCACGAAAUGUUGUUAAAGAUCAAUCUUUCAAUAUUUUUUACACCUUUAAGAAGUAUUAUUAAAUGCAUCAGUCCUGCAGAAUACAUAGUCAGGGAACUACAAUAAUAAAAAUGCAAUUCCCACCUCCAAGUCAAUUUGUCUCUAGGAGAAUUUGAGAACACCAUCAUCACCCUGGCAUGUUCUCAGUUCUAUUUGCUAUCUAGUGUGGAAUAACAGAUCUUGGAAUGCAACAGUCUACAGGAAUGUUUUAAGAGUAUUUUGCAUGGCAAAGUAUCCCAAAGGUGUAAUGCAUAAUUCUCAAAUAAUCUGGUGCAAUAACUAACUAUAUUUGUGUGGUCAUUUAGAAGGGUCAUAGCUCAGAGGAAGUUUUCAUGCUUUCAUCUGUGGCAUCUCCAGUUAAAAGGAUAUAGGGUACCAAAGUUGGGAGAGAUGCCCAGUGUCACGAUGGGUCAGUGUGUCUGGCCCAUUGUUAACCAGAAGGUUGGUGGUUUGAGUCCACCCAGGGAUGGCUGUGAGCAGGAUUCCUGCAUUGCUGGGCGUUGGACUAGAUGAUGCUUGGGGUUCCUUCCAACUCUGUGAUUCUGUGAUAUUCGCCACCAGAGACUGUGAAGAGCCACUGAAAUAGACAUGGGAUGAGUAUGUGGUUGGACUACAACUCUCAUUGUCUCUCAUUAUUCAUGCUGAAUGGGGGUUGAUGGGAAUAACAGUCUGCAUAGGCACCAGGUUUUCCAUCCCUGGAGUAGAAGUGGGCUAGAUGGACUCAAUGUUUAAUUCAACACAAGGUAGCUUCCCAUGUUCAUCUGGAAAUCUCAUCUUUCUGUUUUUCAUGCGCCUGUAAUGCAUCGCAACCCACAUGCUGUGCUCUAGUGGAUGGUGAUUGUUGGCAUGGGGCAAGGUGAACAUUGGGGUAUAGUAGAGCACAGGUUUCACCGGAGGGUCUAAGCAGAUGGAAACAGCACACAAGUUUCUUCAUGCUUCCAGCGUGGCCCACAUGUCUCAGUAGCUACUGCAACUAAGUACUGCAGAGGACUGGGUGAGGGUGGAGGUGGUGGGGGAUGCCUUGGGUGGUAUUCAGCUACAUUUUUGCACAAGCACAAUGCUUUCCUCCCCUGCAUGAGUCCCAUACCACCUCCCAAAUAUGCUCUAGAGGGUUGGGGGGGAGGUGAGGGGGAGAUUGUUCCAUUGAGCAAGGGAAAAAAAUACAGGCAACCCCCCAUUUACCUAGGGGUUAUGUUCUGAGGCAUCGUGCACACCAGUGAAAUCACGUAUAUUUGAAACAUCAUUGAAAAAGCCUUCAAAUGCCCUGUUCCAUCCCUGCCCUGCCUCUGCCCUGCCCUGCCCCCUUUUGUGAUGUUUUUGUGACUUUUGGGGUCACUUCCGGGUUUGGUGCAAUGCACAUAUGCGCGGUUGCACAUAUUGAAUGUGAAUAAAUGGGGGGUUGCCUGUAUGCCAAUGGAACAAUUUGCUGAGUGCUACAUUGAAUACAACCUUUUAUUUCCAGAUAACAACCUUCUCCAACCUUGGGUCCCCAGAUGUGUUUGGACUAUAACCCUCAUAAUCCCUGAUCAUUCAUUACACUGACUGUGAGUGAUGGGAAUUGUAGUCUAAGUGCUCAACAACACCUGAGGACCCUUCCUGCACUUUUCCAUAUAGCCCCUUACAGCUCUAGUAGGGACUCUAUCAAAUUGGGGUCCCUUGGCUCUUGAUAUGGACUCAUGAUGGGACUACAUAAGCCAAGCCUGAAAUCUGUCGAUGGUCGCAAUUAGCCUCAAAAGUUUCUUGUGUGAAACCAGUUUAGAAACAGUGACACCACUGUCCCUCCUUUGAUUCUCAGUGGACAUUUCUUCACUGAAAUGGAAUUGCAUCUUUUAAAGCAUGGGUAGGUAAACUAAGGCCCGGGGGCCAGACCUGGACAAAAUCGCCUUCUAAAUCCAGCCCACGGACGGUCUAGGAAUCAGCGUGUUUUUACAUGAGUAGAAUGUGUCCUUUUAUUUAAAAUGCAUCUCUGGGUUAUUUGUGGGGCAUAGGAAUUCGUUCACCCCCCCCCAAAAAAUAUAGUCCAGCCCCCCACAAGGUCUGAGAGGCAGUGAACUGGCCCCCUGCUGAAAACGUUUGCUGACCCCAGUUUUAAAGGCAAAGGUAGGCAACCUCAGGCAUGGGGCCUGUUCCUCCAGGCCUCCCUGCCCAGAUUUUGGGGCUCUGCUCCUAGCGGUACCACUCAAUGGUCCUGCUCCACAUUCUCCUCCUUUUAAACCAGUGGUUUUCAACCAGUGUGCUGUGGCACCCUGGGGUGCCUUGAAUGAUGGGUGCCAUUGGCAACACUGGCCCCUGUCCCUCUUUUCUUCCCUCCCUCGUCUGAUGCCUUCUCGUGUGUCUACCUUCCAAAGGCUUCCACAGCUGUUUGUUGCGGCAGCCCUGGCUACAAGUUCCGCAGGAGAAUGGUGCCUCUGGGGCUGGCCAGGAGGUGCUUCCCAGGCCCCUGUGGGGCAGUGUGAGGAGGCACCUCUCUUUGGGGUCUGGGGAGAGGCAGCUCAGAGACCAGGGGCAGCAGCUGGAGAGGGGAGAGGAGAGGAGGCUGAAGGAACACUCCACUAGGGAAGGUGUUUGAAAAAGGGUGAGAGGCUGCCAGCUCUGCAGGCAAGGGGUGACACAACUGAGCUGCUGAGCCCCACAGGGGAGCAGCAGAAAGAAAGGUCAAGGGAGCUGUGGACUCAAAAAGGUUGAAAACCCCUGCCUUAAACUACAAGAAGGCCUCUUGUUUUUCAGGAUGGAGGGAUGUGGGUGUGAAGAAAGUUGAGCUCUGACUAUUGCAUGACUGGAAUAUUGUCUACUCUACAAAGGUAUACGUCAAGGGUCAGAAAACUUUUUCAGCAGGGGGCCGGUUCACUGUCCCUCAGACCUUGUGGGGGGCCGGACUAUAUUUUGAAAAAAAUAUAUGAACAAUUUCCUAUGCCCCACAAAUAACCCAGAGAUGCAUUUUAAAUAAAAGGACACAUUCUACUCAUGUAAAAACAUGCUGAUUUCCGGACCAUCCGCGGGCCGGAUUUAGAAGGCGAUUGGGCCGCAUCCGGCCCACGGGCCUUAGUUUGGGGACCCUUGGUGUACGUCAUUUCCCUACUGGCACACGACCGCUGGAAAGCUGUCCAUUAAGGAAUAUGGCAUACCCUCCAACAUUUCUCUGAUGAAGAUAGGGAUGUCCUAAGGAAACGUGGGACAUUUUGGAUAAAAUCAGAAAUUGGGAUGGCUUCUGUAAAUCUGGGACUGACCCUGGAAAAUAGGAACAUUUGGAGGUCAGAUAUGUUCCUGAGGCUGAAGGAAUAUGACUCUAUCCCCCACAUCUGAGGGGGACACUGAGGUCCAGCGCUGAGGGCCUUCUGGCGGUUCCCUCGUUGCGAGAAGCCAAGUUGCAGGGAACCAGGCAGAGGGCCUUCUCGGUGGUGGCACCCACCCUGUGGAACGCCCUCCCAUCAGAUGUCAAAGAGAAAAACAGCUACCAGAUUUUUAGAAGACAUCUGAAGGCAGCCCUGUUUAGGGAGGCUUUUAAUGUUUAAUAGAUUAUUUUAUUUCAUUUUUCUGUUGGAAGCCGCCCAGAGUGGCUGGGGAAACACAGCCAGAUGGGCGGGGUAUAAAUAAUAAAUUAUAUUAUUACUAGUAUCAUGAAGCCCGUUAAAAUAACGGGUGCUAGAGGAGACCUGUUGCUCUAGCAACCUCAGGGACAUGCGCAGAGCUGAUGAAGCGGCGGGUCUGCGCUCCAAGUCCCAACGGAUAGAACUGACCCGAUGGGGUGGGAGUUAGGAGAAGGCCUCGCUUUCUUUCCUCCUCCACCGAGGCCAGCAAACGGCCCUACGAAUUCCCUUCCCGGACCUCCUACCUUAGCCCGGCUCGAGUGCCGCAGCGGCCUGCCCGCCUCAUUCUCUCUCCCGCCGGCAUCGCUCCUCGCACGGAUGAGCCGCCGAGCCGCACCCUGAGGAGGCCGCGCCUGCCUCUCCUGUCAGUGCCUACAAAGAAGCAGCAGCAGCAACAGCGCCCGGCGAAGGGGAACGGGCGGUCCUCGUGCCUGCCUCACCGCCUCAGCCUGGCUUGUCUCCCUGCCGGGCCGAGCGGACACCAAGCUCCCCUCUCCGAAGUGUCUCUGCGCUCCAAGUCCCAACGGCUGUCCGUGGGGCACAUGCGCAGUAGCGCAAUCCCAUGGACACACGGACUGGACGCAGAGACACUUGGAUAUUAUUAUAUAGGAUUAUUAUUAGUCUCAAGUCUAUCCAAACAGCUCUUAAUUUUAGUAAAAUAAUAAUAAUUCUGGCCUAUACCACUUUUAUCUGUAAGUGGGGAAUUGCAUGACUGAAUGGUCCACACCACACAUUCAAAGCAUAUUUCCCCCCUCCCAAAGAAUCAUGGGAACUGUAGUUUGUAGUUUGUUAAGGCUGCUGGAGCUUGCUGCUCUGGGAGGGCUAAACUACAGUUUCCAGGAUUCUUUUUUGGGGGUGUGUGUGUGUGAGAGAGAGAUGCUUUAAAUAUAUGGUGGUGGUGUGAAUGUUUCAGUCUGAAGGCAGAACUUAAUCAGGCCCCUGCCCUGUGGAUGUGUUUUUUUAAAGAGAGUGUGCUGCGUGUAACCUGGACUUGACUGCUAAGUUCUGCUGCCAGACUAAUCAAAGCUCUGAAUCAGAAAGGGCGAGAGAAGGUAGAGUUAAUUUUCUAAAGUCUACCAGCUUCCCCAUCUUAUUGGGAAGAGAGAGAGAGAGAGAGAGAGAGAGAGAGAGAGAGAGAUCUUUGCUGAGGCUGCUGUGAUAACAACUCUCUUCCUGUAAGGAGACCUUUGAAGAAAAUGCAGAGGUUGCAAACAUUAAGUAUCCGUGAAACAACAACGGAGGCAGCUUUGCUGCACAAAAUGAAAAUGCGGCGGUGCAGAUAAAUGUAAAACACAUUGCAGCGGCUCUGGUUCUUUCCCGUGGCAUGAGGCAAUUACGAUAACACAACUUUCCACUGUAUUUUAUUGUAUCUCCCCCUCAAAAGAUGAAUAGCCUACCGGCACAAUCUACAUAUUGUAAUUAACUGAUAAAUAUUUAAUAAGGGCAAGAACUUUAUCCUUUCUUGGCUUUCCAGCAAAAAACUGGAAAGUGGGUAAACAUACAUAAAAAAAAUAAACAUUCCUUGCCCACCCCCCUCUUUUUCCCCCCUUAGUGGUUUGAAAGCUAGAACCUAUCAGUGCAUUUAUAAAAUAAGUAAGAAAGAAUAUAUCAGGGAGCAGAAUGCAAAGGAAAUAUAAAAGGAGAAAUUAGAAGAGGGGGAGAGGUAAAUUUGCUGACAUAAGCACACAUCUCCAGAUUGUAAUCUGAAAUAAAAUAGCAGGAGUUUAGACAGCCAGAGGAUGAAUCUUAGGUUAAAUUGUUAUUUACAGAAGAGCAAAGAGUGGAGCAGAAAGCAAAGGGACCCUACAGCACUAGCCCUCAAUCUCUGCUAGGCGAAGUUUAAUUAUGAAUUACUGUGAAAUAAAGGCAGGGGCGGGUCAAUCCCUAUUGCUGCUUUAGGCAAAACUUUGUUUUAUUUCGGUUUUAUGUCUAGAGAGUCAGUGUGCCAGAGUGCUUAGAGUGUUGGACUUUGACCUCAAAGCCCCACACAUUCACUUAUGCUCACUUACCUGGGAGUAGGUCCCAUCGAGCGAAUGGGGUUUAUUUCUGAAUAAACAUGCAGGACAGUGCAUUGUAAGCGGGUUUGUGGCAGUCGGCUUAACCUCCCUCAUAGGAUUGUCGUGAGGAUAAUGCGGGAGAAUCGUCUGCACUGUCUGGAGGUCUUUGGGGAAAAGUAGGAUUAAAAUGUUGUUGCCCUCUUGCCGCCAAAGGAACCUUCUAUUUGGCAUUUGGCUUUCCUGAUUAUAUACCCUUUCUUAUGUUUUGUUAAGUGAAUUGUGCAAGGAGAAGAGGCUGGGAACUGGGGAAACAGAACUAAUGAAGCAUAGGCUCCCUGUUCUGAGGUUCUAGAUCCAAGCGCAUUAGUGCCCCUGCCUUUCAGGAUUUCCUAGAGUCAUCUGACACCUCAAAUUCCGAUGGCCCUGGCAGCUGUCUGUACUGUGUCGGGCUGACCCCGAGAAAUUCUGUACAUGCUCAGGAGCACCCUUUCCCUCUCCAGCCAGCCUGAUUGGCAUGUUUGCUAAUUCAGUGUGUGAAAUAAGAUGUUCAGAAGAUAAUACAGCCUCGUGAAACGCACUUGUGGAUACGUCACGGGGAAAUCUGGAGCUUGGCAUGUGCUCUGAUGUGCACGCAUGGAACUCCUGUGUGAGCACCGUUUAAUUCUCCAUUUAGAAUGGCAGUUCUGCGCACAUGCCAGAGAUUAUGCAUGGUUUCAAGAGUAGGAUGGUGAAUUCACCUGUGUGCAUACAUUUUCAUUUGUGUGCCAGUUUCUCCAUUCCCAUCUGUGCUCAAAUUGUUGCCAUAAACCUUGCAAAGGCACAUGCUUUCUAAGGGGAUGGUCACGAUGAUAAAAGAAAUAAAUUCAUGUACAUCAAAGUACAUCAAAGAUCGUGAGAAAAAUAUGAAAUCUCUUAUUUCAAAACAUGUGUUUUAAUCUUCAUAUGUUUUCGACAGAUCGGAUGAGGUCCUUAAUUAUGACCUUUGAAUUAUUGGGAUUGGCCGUGUUGUACUCAAAAUAGAAUGGGGUGGCUUUUAUUUGUUAAUCUGAUACUAUGAACUCAAUCAAUCAAUCAAUCAAUCAAUCAAUCAGAGACUUAAUAGGAACAACAAGAAUAAUAGUGACUUGCAGUGCACAGUGUCCUUUGCACAGUGUCCUUAUCUUUCAGACUUACUUAAAAGAAGCAGCGGCUUAAAAAUCCGGAGUGAAUUAAAUCUGAAAUCAGCAGUUCCAUGGGAAAACAAGCUGCAGACUGACCAGAUGAAUUCUGCAUUGCUUUAAUCAUUUUAACCACCUUCUAGAGCCUUAUCUAACAUAGGGGGGGCAGAUGUAAAAGAAGAGGGCAUGACUUUGGCACCCUUAACAAUUCCGCAGAAGAAGUAAUUUCAGCAGGCAUAGCUUAUGUUGUCAUUAAGUCUGUCUGCAGCUUUGCAACUGGCCACCCUAUAAAUGAUAGGUUACAGUUCUGGGUUAUUUCACCAAGGAAAACAGAAUUUCCCUAACAUAAGAUAUCUUUUAUGAAUUCAAGAUGCCAGUGAUAUUCUGUCAACCCAGUCCAGGAAACCAAGAGCAGAGAAGGAAUCCGUAUAUACCAUCUUGAAUUUUAAGAAAGAAUACCAAAUUUAUGGCUUGCACGUGGGCACAGACUCAUAACAGUUCCAGUGAGAUCAACAAAAUGGAGAAGAAGGUUUUGUACUUAGGUACUACCUCAAGGCUUACCCAUUAUGUUUUACCUCUUGAUUGCUUUAACAAAAAGUACCUCCAGUGGAUUUCAUGGCAGGGGGCGUAAUCAUUAUCAUUUAUAUCAUUUCCACUGGCAAGUUAUCAUCUGAAGAACAUUUAAUAUUCCUUUUUUUAGCAUCCAAACUACUUUACUUAUCUUUGUAAUAAUCCUUACAACAGCCCUGUAGAGUAGCUCAUAUGACAGAUAUGGGGGGUUAAGGUCACAGGUACAAUGCACAUUUAAAGCACAUGGCUUUCCCCAGUGAAUCCUGUGAACUGCAGUCUGCCCCUCACAGAGCUACAAUUCCAGGUACCCUUAAAACCACAGUUCCCAAGAUUCUUGGGAGUGUGACCUUAAGUGAAUAAGAUCUUCUCUGAGACCGCCCUAGGGAGUUCAUAGCUGAAGUAAGAUUUGACUGCAUGGGUUGGGGUUCAAUCUGUGAUCUUCAUCACUGUGCUUAUGCCAGUUCUGGCAAACAGCAAACAGUGGUAUAUGGCAGAGAGAGCGUUGGUUCAGAAUCCUUCCACAGCCAUCCUAAGUUGGCCCAUACCUUUAUGAGUACAGUACCAACAAAAAUGUUGUGAAAUAGUGACAGACAUUUGAGUUCUCCAGAACUCUUCAUCAAGCUGGAUGGAACAUGAAGCAGGGAAUGAGGAAAAAUAAAAAUACAAAAAAUUAAGCUGGAUGUUAUAUUGAUGGGACCACAGCAUCCAACCUAGGUUUUAUGUUCCUAAUUCCCUCCUUGUCUGCCCACCUCCUGCUUUGUGUAACAUCUGAAGCUCCCCACUAUUUUGUGACAUUUCCAUUGGGAGGUAUUGCCAAUGAUGGAAUUUUAGAGGUCUUUUCUUAUGGGAUCCAUGUUUGCUUUUUGUGUCACUCUGUCAUGAUGAAGCUCGUUUUCCCCUUGAAGGAAGGGGUAGGAUUUAAACACAUGAUAAAUAAAUUAACAUGGGCAUAAUGACCUCGCCCCCAUUGCAAUUGCACUUAUCCUCAUUCAAAACAUUUUGACUCUCAAAUGUGGCACAUGUGAGUGAUUGCCUAGUCAAAUUUUGAUUUAUGGCUGUAGAUACCGGUAGCAUGACAUUUGACAGUCACAAUGAAGUUGGGCUUCUUUGGCCUGCUUCCUUGUUUCCCAUCUUUUAAUCUUCUUGGAUGGCUUUAAAAGAGGAUUGGACAAAUUCGCGGAGGAGAAGACUCUCAAGGGCUACCAGCCAUGAUGACUGUGCUCUGUCUCCACAGUCAGAGGCAGCAAUGCUUAUGGAAACUGCAGGAAGGGAGGCGCUUGUGCUCGGAUUCUGUUUGAUCGUAUCACACAGAGGCAUCUGGUUGGCCACUGUGAGAACAGGAUACUGGACUAGAUGGCUCUUCUUAAGUUAGCAAUUGAGUCAUCACAUUUUGAAAUCCCCCUGUGCUCUCCUUGGGCAGCUUCAAUAGGAGAUCUUCCUGGUGUGGGAAUGUUAGGGAUGUGGAUUAGGAUAUAUUGUUAGAUAGAUCCUAUCCAAGCUUGUGUUAGCAAGCUUCCAAUAUCAGCAGAGUUUCUGCCACGUAAAGCAGUGCUACUUUCCAACAACUCUUUCCCUAUUGGUUUUCCUGUGGCUCGAGAGUUUGCGAGCUAUGUGAAGCAUACGGGAGCAUAAUUGAAGUCCAUAAACCACCCUCUUCCUUGUCUUGCAUAAUUCAGGGACACAUUGCAACUAUUGCAGGGUAGAAUCUUUAAAUGCUGUUUGUUAAUGUCUUUCUCAAAGUUCGUAUCGCUUGUGCAGUCACCCCUACCUUCCUGCAGUGUUCUGAUGCAUGUAUUUUCAGGAAAAUGUCUGCUAUAAGCGAAUUAUAACUCCAUUCCUGGAAUUAAAUCAAAAUUCAGCACUAACUCAAUUGUAUCUCACAUGACAGAAAGGUCAAGAGGGAUCCUUGGUCCAUUGCAGGCGCAGGAUUUCAGUAAUGAAUGUUUCAGCAGCCCUUACACACCCCCCCCCCCAAUACUAAUGGGCAAAGCUAUAACCACAGCUUGCAAAUGGCUUGCUACAAAGGCCUCCACUGGCGCUUGAGAGGAGUAAUGCUACUCCCUGUUCCAUAUAUUUGAUUUUUGUCUGUAUUGUACUCAGUGUCUGCAGUGCUCUGAGCCUAGUUGACUUCUGUCAUCAAGCUCAAAGAUGUGUUUGGUUUCACAGAUAGGCUAAAGCAAUCUGCUGCCAGAACGCUAAAGGGAGGCAAAAAUGUCUCUGUGUAUCUAUGCAUGUUUUAAAAAACAAGUAACUGGAUAUAUUUUUUCAAGGGGUGCUGAGGGUAAAAAUGCAAAAAAGAAGGGUUUUCCAAUACUACUGGAAAUGUUCCUGAAAAAAAGGGAGUAGGUUUGGCUGAGUCCUAAUGGGAAAGGUUCGUGUUUUAUGAAGAACCAGAACGGCAUGCCACUUUAAGGCAGCCUCAAUUUGCCUAGUCUGUACAAUGGAACCAAUAACAACCUACUAUAGAAACAGUCUAAAGCAGGAGGUGAGGAAUUGCCAGCCCGGCGGUGUAAUUAGACCCACCUGGCCACUUUGCCCAAGCCUGCCAAUCGCCUAAAGCAAGGUGAAUUUCCAUCGGAGGAGAGGAUGUUGGUCAUUGAUGGUGCUUAGAAAUAUUGGUUGAUUUUCAAAUGUGCAAUUCAAAUAGGUAGUGGGCAAGAAGACACACAAAGGGACAGUGCUAUUCUAGGAUGGUAGCAAUACAUCUCUUCUGCCUACUUGGCUGCAAAAAAUGUAGAAUUGCUUUCUCUGGCUAAAUUCAAACUCCACCCCAUCACUUUCUUUUGCAGUUCUCCUGGGAGACACAUAUCUCCCAAUGAGCAAACCAGUUUCACCACCUUCUCCCACCUGUCAGUUAAUUGUAGUUUUAGGCACCUUCCAUAGUGAGGUUUAGAUAGGCUUUCCACCUGUUCCUUAUUUCAAUAAAUGGCUCCUUAUUUAGUAAUAUGAAACAUUAAUGCUAAACAAGGAACUGUUUCCUGAAAUAAGGAACAGGUUACUAGCCUAGACUUUGGUAAGAACUUGCCAGGUUAGCUAUUAGUAGCCCUUAAGGAACCCCCAAUCAACUACCAGGGCAUAGCUGUCAAGUUCUCUCUUUUUUAAAGGGAAAUUCCCUUAUGCUGAAUAGGCUUCCUCGCGAGAAAAGGGAAAACUUGACAGCUAUGUACCAGGGUCAUUUUAUAAUAGUUUUUUAUGAGGUUGUGGUUGCCAGACUUCUAAUCCCUAUAAUCCUAGCAAGUGUUAAAAUACAAGCCAGGCUAGCUUCCUCAUCAGGUAGUGCUCAUCUUAAUGGCCUGGGUGAAGGGCCAUUACGAAAACAAAGGAAAGGUGAUGAGCCAUUGGGAGAAGCGGCUCUGUGCCAGACAGCAAAUGAACCCCUCUUCCAGCUCACAGGUAGUGAGAAGGACGAAGCCAGAGCUUAGAGUUGAAAAGUGUGUGAAAUGUGACCUAGAGGGGGAAAAAACUGCAUGCAGAGAGGCAGAACACAAUGUUUGAUGUGGAAUCAAAGGCAGCAGCUAUGGGAGAAACAAGCCCCUCUUGGGAUGUUAAUGCAGUGAACCGCUCUGUCAUAGGCGCAGGUUGUAUAUAUGUGUAAAUAAACACAUCACAAGGACACCAAAGUCUCAGCUGUGCCUCACUCCCAAAAGGAAAUAUGAACCUUGGGUGAGUGCCAGGAACCCCUGGAAUCUCGCACCGCUCAAAGAUUGGGGUGGCAUGCAAAUAAUAUUUUAUAAAUUCAGAUGCAAAAAACGUCAUCGUCAAGCACAACCCUUUUUCCUGGUAGCAAACAUGGAAAUGGAAGCCUGUUCCUUUUUGGUCUCCCCUACUAUACUUAAUGCAGGAAAAUCCAGUCAUUUAUAUACAGUGGACCCUCGGUUUAUGUUACCUUCGGGUAAUGUAAUCUUCAGGUUGCGAACAUGGCAAACCCGGAAGUGGGUUUGUCGCUUCCAUGUGUGCAGAAGUGCUCUGCGUGCUUUGCGCAUGUGCAGAAGUGCUCUGCGGUGCCGUGCGUGUGUGCAGCAGCAGUCCUCCGGUUACGAAAUCUUUGGGAUAUGGCCAGGCCUCCUGAACGGUCCGGAUCCCGUUCAUAACCAGAGGUUCCACUGUAUAUGUAUAUGAGCACCAUUCACAAUUGACAAUACUACAUCAACAUCAUUUUGUGCUUUCUACACUUGAGAUUAUUAUUUAUUUUCCUUACAUUUAUAUUCUGUCGUCCAUCUCUCACGAAGCCCAAGGUGGAUUAUAAAGUGGAUUUGCACUUGUGCAACAAAGCCCAAGGUGGAUUUGCACUUGUGCAACGGGACUUCCCGGACCACACCCUCCCUAAAUCUGUUCCGGAGGCUUGGGGGACCCUUUAGAACAGAUUCAGCUUUGAGUCAUGUGCCCAAGUCAUGAGAAAUCAUCUGAACACAUGAAAGAAUUGGUCCAUUGAUACUACGGUAAACAGUGUGGGGUACUGCCAUGAAGGGAUGUAGUGUAAGCGCUAGAGAUAGUACCUUUCUGCCCUUCUUUGCACUUCUUGCCAUCUUGAUGCCGCAUCACACAGCGUUGCAGAUGGAUUCCUCCAAAAACCUGGUCCCAAUCCCGUUGGUGCAUAAACCCCAACUGAUGGGCUAUCCCACCAAAUUUUGCUGUGAGACCGACAACACCGACUGCAUCCCAGGGCAGUUAGUUUAGCGACAGACUGCUGAGGGUGUAAAUAGAGUCAUUUGGAAGAUAAUAUCAUCUGAGAGUAGUCAGAUCAUUACUAUAUAAAUGCUCUGGAGUGACGAUGAGGCAGUGGAAAUGAUACAGUCAUCCAAUAACAAGCAUCACUUAGGAUAAUAUGCGGCGCAAUAGAACACCUAUUUAGCAUGCCGUAAAACCUCUUGGCUUUGUGUAUGGAGAUGCAGUGUCUCAGUGCCAGGCCACAGGAGCUGAGCAAACAGCGAUAACAGCAAUGCUAAAUAAAUAAAUAGGCAGCCAAGUGUUUUAUAAAUCCUGGUUAUUUAUUGGCAUGCCAGCCUCGCUUACCCGUUAAAAGAGGCCAUGGCAAACGUCUGUGUAGCUCCACUGCAAUGUCCAAGGAGGAGGAGGAGGAGCAGUCCUGCGAUGCCGCCGCUGUUCUUUUGGUGAAGUUUAGCUCAACUAAACAGCGUGGAUUUUUAAUGUCGCAUUCUAAUUCUCCUAUUACUGUCAUAAAGCCAUUUGUCAAAUGCCCUGGGAGACUCCAUGGACAUCAGCCUUGCAAUACUUUUUAUUGCCGGACUAAUCUUUACAGAUCGAAUUAAGACUGGGGGACUUUAUCAGCGGAUUGCACUGGGUGAAGGGUUACGUGUGUAUUUCAUUUGUUCUGCUAUCAAAGGUGCCCAGGCCUUUGCUCCUGCCUACUGCCACCGAGGCCAAAUAUGCCCAUUACUGUGUAAUCAAAUAGCCUUUAAGAGGUUCGCUCGGUGGGCUGAUGCUUUGAAUAAAGCAAGAUGAAUGUGGCAUCCCUCUCCCCAUCUGCAGAGCAGAGGCAAUUGCUUUCCAUCCCAAUAUUAAUUCUCCUAUUAAAUUAAAUAACACUAAGGGUUGCAUAACAUUCAUUAAACAUCACAGGCGCCUGGGCUCCCCACAGUGUCAAUGCCUUCCUCGUAACACUGCAUUAAUUAGCAACAGGCAGGCAAGUUGUUCGUCUGCCUUUUCCUUAUUAAUUACCGGGUGAAAUAAACAGACUUGUUAAUAUUAUAAUCCUGUUAUUCUAAUAAAGAGGGACAGAAGGGCUCUGUCGGUGGAGGCCAUGUUGGGUUGAGAGAGGGGAAAUUGGAGCACAGGGGGGGGGGGGAGAGAAUAAUUCAUUCCAUAGGGAUAGCUGCAUCACUGGAUGAUCUGCUUGCACAACUUAGGACCCAGCAAGUCAAUACAGCCCCAUAAGCUGCAACCUUCCAGAUGUUUGGCAACCCCUCUUCUUCUUUUUUGGUCCAGUCUUGAGCAGGCAGCAAAGCUUUAGUGAGUCAUGAGUUAGUCACUUUUCCUGUCUGGUGAGCUCCGCCUACUUCGAUGGCUUUAAAAAGGGGAUUAGACAAAUUCAUGGGAUGAAUAGGCUAUCAGUGCCUACCAGGCACAAUGCCUAUAUGCAGACUCCAUCUAGCUCAGUGUUGGCUAUGCUGGCUGGCAGUCAUUCUCCAGGGUUUUCAUCUAGAGACCUUUUCAUCUAGCACUCUACCGAUGUUACAGGGAGGCAAGGAAUGGAUCGAUAGCAGAAGCAGGGAUUCCCCCCAGCCAGAACUCACUGGAACUCAGUUCUGGCACCUCUCAGGUGGGCACCAUUGCCAUGAUAAGAGAACAAGGGAGGCAUUCAUGGUGAGUUCCAGCACCUCCUUUCCUAGAAAAAUAGCACUGCAUAGAGGUAGGAGAAGGAGUUGAGUGGGUUCAAAGAUGGAAAUGGGAUGUGUGAGAGAGUGGAAUCACAGAGAGAGGAAGCACAGAGGGAGAACGUUAUCUGGUGACUCCAGCCUGAAAGGGAUGACUGGUGGGACUGUGUGUGAAUGUAUCCUGGGUGGGAUCUGACCUGGAUGCGUGGGAGCUGGGAAGCGACCAGAGACGGAAUUGCUCCAGCACUGAGUUGGAGGAGAUUCUAUUUUGAUGUUUCACCCAGGGCUCUUAAAAUGUCUGAUGCAUGUAUGUUGUACACAGUGAUGGAAAAACAGCUGGCUAUGGCCUCCAAGAGGUGCUAUACACCUGAACCUGUUGUACCGGGUUCUGAAAAGCAGCUGGGGGCUGGGACCCCACACAGAAGUGAUACCACUUGCCCACCCAGAUCUCUAGACAGUGAAGUCCCUCACUGAUGGGUUUCACUCAGUGCAGCUUAGCUGCAGUAUGGGAGUGAGGAAGGCCCUGAACAUACCUCUCCCCCUGCCUACCCACAUUUGUGGUUGUGCUGCUCUGCCUCUUCCUCUUUCCUUCCAAUUGGUUGGUAGGGGAGGGAGAAGCAGGACUGUGCUUACUGGUGGCAAAGGAAGGAACAGAGCCACAUGGUGGGGGUCUCCUUCCUGCCUGAACACAGUCAUUCAUUGAAUUUUGCAUUUCUCUGAAUUUUGCAGUACAGUUCUCCAGCCAAGUAAUAUAUACACAAAUGCAUAUAACAGGGCCUGGUGUGCUUAAAAUAUACACAUUAGUGAAAAUAACAUAGAAAAAUACAUUACUGUAUAUUAGAGGAAAACACUUUGCAAAAAAAAUGUGUGGAUUGGACAAAAUUGCAUUUAAAAUGUGUAUAGUAGAAGAAAUUCACACUAAAAUGCGGGUGAAUCUUCAUUAGGACUUUUGAAACACACACAUAAAUAUGUGGGAAAAUGGGAACAGAGAACAAAAUUGACAGGUUCACCCAUCCCUAAAUGGAAGGAAGGAGAGGAGGGGGGAAAGGAGAAAGUGGCUGGCUGGUCCUUUUGGUUGAGAAGUAACAAAUGGUUUUCGUUUUGUUUUUUAGCAGGGAGGGCUCGUGAAUGGAUAAAGAAACAAGAAUUAAUCACAACAUAGAAUCUAUUAAAUUGGCUGCCAUGGAUUCACUUGAUCUGAGGCUUGGCUUGCUUUGUGACCCAGAGCCAUCUGCUUUGGGUAGAUUUUGAGUCCUGUUUGUGCUGUUCACUAAUUGUCUUGUGUCUCACUUCACCUGCUUAUGCUAGGUACUCUUUCUUGUUUUGUGCCUGGGCUAGUCUGGAGUAUGUUACAAUUCUGUGCAUACUUAAAGGUAAAAGUAAAGGGACCCCUGACUGUUAAGUCCAGUCGCGGACGACUCUGGGGUUGCGGCGCUCAUCUCGCUUUACUGGCCGAGAGAGCCGGCGUACAGAUUCCGGGUCAUGUGGCCAGCAUGAGUAAGCUGCUUCUGGUGAACCAGAGCAGCACACGGAAACGCCGUUUACCUUCCCACCGGAACAGUACCUAUUUAUCUACUUGCACUUUGACGUGCUUUCGUACUGCUAGGUUGGCAGGAGCAGGGACUGAGCAAUGGGGGCUCACCCUGUCGCGGGGAUUUGAACCGCCAACCUUCUGAUCGGCAAGCCCUAGGCUCUGUGGUUUAACCCACAGCGCAUACUUACUAGCAGCAAUUCUUAUGGAAAUCAGUUGCACUUAUUUCUGAUUAAAGAACAUGGAUUGAAAGUGAUCCCUCAUGGAUAAAUGCAAGGCAAAAAAAACCCCAAAACAAAACCGGGGGUGAAUAUGUAUAAGUCUAUAUAUACUGCACUUUACAGCUUAUAUAUGCAUCAUACCUCUGUUCUUUGGCUAUGAGAGGCAUGUCUUUUGCCCUAUGGAAAAGGAUGCAGGUGGAAAUAAAUUGCAGAUGGUCUCAGGACUUAAUCCACACAUUGUGCAGGGCAACUUCCAGUGGGAUCCAAUCCCACUUCUAGAAAGUAUCCAUUUCCAAGGACAAGCCUUUCAGCACUGUGGACCCAAUUCGGCAAGUUGCCUUUUUAGUUUCCCAUUUGUAUUAAAAUAUCCACAGAAGAUGAAAAAGGGAAAGUGCUGUUGCUUAACGUAGCUCCAAAUAUUAUUUACAUGGGGCAUCAUAAAUACCUUCCAACUUACCCUUAUACCAUCCUUGCAGAGAGAAUAAUAGAGUUAACUUUAUUUUCUCUGCCUUCUAAUUAAGGUUUCAAUUUUUCUUCUAGAACAUUUGUCAACUGUCUGUUUGCCCUAAACUUUAACAACAUUGUUUAACUUGUCCGUACCUGCCACAUUUAGUAACCAUUCUCUAAUCAAUGGAAUGUUCUAUUUUCUCCAGCUAGGGGCAAUUAAGAUUUUGGCAAAACACAUCCUCAUAGGAGAGGUAACUGUUGACAGACUCUGGUGAAUUCCAUUAUUUUUAUUUAUUUAGAUGAUGUAUGUAUGUAUCAUAUUUCAAUUCUUUAUAGUCUUGUUUACAAUAUUUAGAAAAGAAUUACAAUCUUACAACAAUGAAAUGCUUUACAUAAUAAAGUAAAAUAAAUGCAAGACAUCUUAGGAGGAGUCCAACCGCCUUUUAAUCUUUCUAUGUUUUACUUUGGAUUUUGUUUUAAAUUUAUUUAUUGCAAGGCAUCCCAAGAAAUUUAUGUUGCUGGGUGGGAUCAUAUGAGAAAACAGGAAGCUUCCUUAUACUGAAUCAGACCCUUGGUUCAACUCACUCAAAUAUUGUCCAGUCAGGGGCUCGCCAUGGUUUCAGGCAGGGAAUAUUCCCAGAUCAAACAGGAGAUGUUGGGGAUUGAACCUGCAUGCAAAGAAGCUGCUCUACCACUCAACUACAGACCUUUCCCAAUACAAAUUUGGCAAUGUCUUCAGAUCACAUACGCAGGGGCACAGUAGAGAAGGCUGUCCAUGAAGCCUGCUGCCAAUAUUAAACCCAGCCAGAUGGGUGGGGUAUAAAUAAUACAGUUGUUGUUGUUGUUGUUGUUGUUGUUGUUGUUGUUGUUGUUGUUGUUGUUGUUGUUGUUGUUAAAAAAUUAUAGGAUCUUUCAAAUGAUAGGCCAGAGGGCACAGCAUUGAUGCCUAUCUGCUAUUAUUUAAAACAGCCAAAAUAAUUUAAACAGCCUCUCAUAAACAAGCAAUCAAAUCUCUAGAAAACAUCUAAUAAUCCCAUUUUGAAGAAAUUGUCUAGGGCAGGCAUCCCCAAACUUUGGCCCUCCAGAUGUUUUGGACUACAAUUCCCAUCAUCCCUGACCACUGGUCCUCUUAGCUAGGGAUCAUGGGAGUUGUAGGCCAAAACAUCUGGAGGGCCACAGUUUGGGGAUGCCUGGUCUAGGGGUUCAGCAGUGAACUUUGGCAUUAAGAUGAGUUGUGGGGCCCUGCAUGCGUAGAUUGUUGGGUCAUAUUUCCACAGAAAUUGUUGACAAUUGUUAAGAAUUCAGCUUAUCCUGGUCGAAAUUUAUUUAUUUCAACUGCGUCAGACCAACACGGCUACCUACCUGAGCUUAUCCUGGUGAUAUUCCUUGGUGAUGCUUAACAUAGCAGUGUUAGCUUUGUGACACCUAUCUGCUUUUUGAAUAACUGUCAAAUGCCAACAGCAUUCACUGGUGCACCUCUGAGAAAGCCAGCAUUUAUACGGGGAGAAAAAUAACAUUGGCAUUCCCAAAGUGUGUGCUGAGUCGACAUUUGUCUCUUUUUGGACUUUCACAGUAACUUAUUCCAUUUAUCUUCAAUCUGUCUCUUAUUUAUGCAAGGAAAAUGUUAGGAAAGAUGGGAAUAAAUCUAAAAUGCCAAUCCCAACUAUCAUUUCUCCCUUUGCCCAGUAUGCAUCAUUCAAUUCCGCCAGCUUGGAGCCAGUGGUCAGCCAAAUAAAUUGCCUUGCUUAAAUGCAGGCAGAGUUGAACUUAGACCCAGUUUACACAUUCAGCAGAAUGCAGAAAGCUAUUUUUAGACUAUACCUCUUUAGGUUUCGGGGGAAGUGGGGAACUUGCAUGGAUGAAUGCCGCCUUAUGGGAAAAUAAAACUCCCUCCAUGUUGAAAAUGAGUAUGGGUUCCCCCCCUUUCCCCUGCCACACGUCUCCUUGGGUGCUUUCCCCCUCCAUGAAGUAAGAGUUCUCCCUCUAUGGGGGGAAGCAUUUAAACAUACAAAAUUGUCACCUGCAGACUGAGGAGCUGCAGGCUGGAGAACAGCUGUAACACUUGAUUCUAUUCUAUGUAGACACUGGGAGUGGAAUUCAAUGUCACAGGAAUAGUAUGAGAGGCUUCUCGUUCCAUACCACACAUUUAAAGCACAUGGCUUUCCCCCCAAAGCAUCCUGGGAAUUGUAGUUUGUUAAAGGGUGCUGGGAAUUGUAGCUCUGUGAGGGGUAAACUGUAGUUCACAGGAUUCCUUGGGGGAAGCCGUGUAUGAUUUGGAUGUGACCAAAUCUGAUAGUUAUCUGUUUGCAUCAUUCAUUCUGCUGACUUGGAUUAAGACUACAAUUGAGGGCCCAUUCCAGGUAUCUCUGUGUUGCUACAUCUUAAAGGCUUCACGAUGAGUUACUUUCUUGUGGUUUGUUUUCCUUUAUUUUCCUUUCAAUUUUCCAGGAUUUAGCAGUUGAUUCUUUUCCCGAUGCUGCUGAUGUAAUGACACUCUUUCAUCCAGAGGGUGGUGUCUAAUAAAAUAUCUUGCCUUUUUUUUUACUUUUUAGCUUGGCAAGCCAAUCCUGUGUUUGGUAGCCCUCUGCUUGUGGAAACAUGUGGGGAUAUUCAUUCUCUCUCUCUCUCUCUC